AUGCCCAAAUUUAAAAAAAGUAAGUCUUCUUUUUACCGGACUCUGAGACAAGAUUCUUUAAAUGUGACUUCUCGUGUGACUGCCAGUACUUCUAAAUUUAAUGUUAGGGACGAUAUAGUGCCAAUAGUUGCAGGAAGUGCAAGUCAAGAGACUGCUGGGUCAUCAAGUUUGGAGAACCAUGCUCAAUGCUCGAUUGAAUGUGGCCCCCAUCCAGUAGUUUCAAAGUUAAACCCUUCUUUAAUUAGCGUAUGUGAUGAAGCUACUGCAAUCACCAUUCCUAAUAGUUGUGUGCCAUUAGAAGUGCCAUUUGAGUUACUUAGUAAUAAUGAUAAUACUGAAAUAGAGUCUGAAAAUGACUCCAGUGAAGACCCAAUUAUUCUCGAAAGCGACGAAAGCACUAAUGAGCCUGCUUGCAUGUCCUCCCAGAACGAAAGCACUGAUAUGCCACAGCAACUGCAGCAAUGGGCUCUCUCAAAUAAAGUAAAUAACAUGGCAUUAUCUAAUCUGUUGAAAAUUUUAAAACCACAUUUUCCAAAUUUACCAUUGGAUGCUAGAACCUUAUUAAAAACACCUAGAAAGACUUUGACCAGGUUGAUGGAUCCUGGUGAGUUUUAUUACUUUGGCAUAGAAAAGCAGGUUAUCAAACUUCUUCAAAGGCAUUAUAAAACAAUUUCCAAACAAAUCAUAUCCUGUGAAAUAUUGGUGAAUGUAGAUGGUUUGCCUAUAAGCAAAAGUUCUGGGAGUCAAUUGUACCCAAUAUUGAUUUCUCUUCAUGAUUCAGAUCUUGUGACUGUUGUUGGACUUUAUCAUGGGUACGAAAAACCUAAAGACUCCAAUAAUUUAUUGAAAGAAUUUGUUGAAGAAGCUAUCGGUCUUUCUAAUAAUGGGGUUUGUUUCAUGAACAAUAUUAUUCCCUUCAAAAUUAAAGGUUUUUUAUGUGAUACUCCUGCAAAAUCUUUUGUUAGGUAUACUAAAGGUCAUAACGCCUAUAAUUCAUCUACCAAAUGUUGUCAGGAAGGAUCCUAUAUAAAUAACCGUAUAUGUUUUACUGAUAUAGAAUUUAUUAAACAUUCAGAUGAAGAUUUUUUGCUAUUACGUCACGAGGAACAUCACACAGGAACCUCUAUUCUCACUAAUUUACCAAAUUUUGGAUUAGUUUCCUCAUUUCCGUUAGAUCCUAUGCACCUAAUAUUUUUGGGUGUUAUGAAAAAACUUCUCGUAGCAUUGUGGUGUGAAGGAAAACCUCCUUAUAAGUUAUCAAGUAGAAAUUUAUCAGUCAUGUCAGAAAGUUUAUUGCAAUUAAGAAAGCACAUCCCAUUAGAAUUUUGUAGGAAACCAAGGGGUUUGAAUGAAGUUAAAAGAUGGAAGGCUACUGAAUUCCGGCAAUUUUUGUUAUAUACAGGACCAUUGGUAACCAAAACAGUAUUUAUAUUAUCUAGUUCAGAACUAACCGAAGAUAAAUUAGUCUAUGCAGAGAGUCUCUUGGAAUAUUUUGUUAAAAAGUUUCCCGUUCUUUAUUCUGUUCAAUAUAUGUCACAUAACAUUCAUAAUUUGUUGCACUUGACUGAUGAUUGUCGACAUUUUGGAAAUUUGAACAAAUUUAGCGCCUUUCAGUUUGAGAACUUUUUACAAGUUUUAAAGAAAUUAAUAAGGAAAUCUGAUAAACCCCUAAAACAAGUAAUUAAUCGGAUAAGUGAAAUCAAGAAUGUUGAAUUAAGAAUCCCCUGUCUCAAAAAUAAACAUAAUCAACCAAGAACUCAUGCCUCAGGACCUCUUCCUAAUGGCUACUAUAAUCCACAAUAUAUUGAACAUUUCUUCCCAAAUUUUACAGUGAAAAUAAUAUCACCUGAUAAUUGUUGUGGUUUAGCAAAUGGUAACAUUAUCAAUGUUGAAAAUUUUGUUACAAGCCUUAAAAACGAAGUUAGGAUAGUAGGAAGAAAAUUUAAAAAUAUUGGUGAUUUUUAUGAAAAACCAUGUCCCUCUUCAGAUCUUGGAGUUCUUGAAGUCUCAGAAUUGGAUGAUAAUUUAGAAAUUUGGCAAUUAAGUGAAAUAAAAUUAAACAAUAUCAUGGUAUUGGCAUGGCAUAUAGUUAUGUUCGUGGAAGAAGAGAGGGUGGAGGUCUUUCCAAAAUGUUGGGUCAUUAAUAAUAAUCUGGGUUACUGGCCUAACCAGAAAAAAGCUAGUGGCAUACUGCCAUUAAUUAAGGGCUGUUCCAUGCCAGAAAAGGACAAAUGGGAUGUGGUCCGUAUCCGUAUUAUUAAAAAGAAUAAAAUUUAUGAUGAUUAUGCACAGGCAUCUCUGGCUGCCUCCAAAGCUUGCUAUAAAACAGACGUUGAUGAAUCCACUGAAUGUGAUGAAAAUACUAAAACUCCUAGCUCCUCAAAGGGUAGACGAAUUAUUUAUAACAAAAAAUAUUCACAAGAAGAUGAAGCGUUUGACAGUGAUGAUAUUGAGAGUAGCGACUCAUUAGAGUCAAUUCCAUCCAAGCCUCUCAGAGGUACCUACCGAGGUAAAGAUGACUCUAAAACCAAAAAGCUGAUGAAUGAAGAAGCUUCGGUAGUGGUUGAUCCAUCCAGAAAAGAACAUGAAGACCCCAUGUUAAAGACGACAAGUCAUAAAAGCAUAAACAGUCAGAAGUUGCUUGAUGAACAAGAACACAUUGGUGGAAAAGCAAAAAAAGGCAAAUCCCAAGGACAUGAUAAUGAGAUCCUAGUGAAACUAUGCUCCAGGGUUUCUUAUUUAACCCUUUUAACUAAAGGGAUUGCAGAGGACAUCGAUCAGAUCAAGUUACAGAUGGAAACUAUUACUAACAUCCCUGUACCAACACACCCAUCUGCCUCCAACGAAGAAGUAUACAACUUCCCAUUUGAAACAACUGAAUCAUUGGAAGAGUUUGAGAAAACUCUUGAAAACAAGGAGACUUAUCUGAAAUUUGUACGUUUCGUUUCACGAAUAGGUGGGGAUUCUCCCUAUGAAUUUAUCAAACGGGUUAUGGUUCGUCUUGUAACAAAUGAAGUAGCUGCAAAAUACUCUUUCACAGGACAUAAAGGCAAAAAGCCAAUAGGCCACUUUUUAAUUGCUAAAGCAUUAAAAGAUGCUUUUAGAAAUGUCAAAUCUUUGAUGCAUUGCACUGAAAACGACAUAGAAAAAAAAUUUAAGGAUUGGCUUAGACAUGCUCCAGCAAGGGCCCAGAAAAAACAGGAAGACCCUCCUAAUGGGGCAGAAGAGGAUAUCGAAGAAAAUAAUCAAUAAUUAUUCUUUUUAAUAAUGCUUAAUAAUAAUUUAAUAAUGCCCAGUACCAAUUUACAUAUAUAGCCAAACAGUUUUUGGGGAAAAUAUCAUUUCGUUUUUGAGAGAAAAGUACUUUAAGUUAAAAUAAAA